ACCGAGCACAACGAGUGCAUCUGCCACAUCUGCCUGGUGGAGCACAAGACCUGCUCGCCUACGCCCCUGAGCCAAGCCAGUGCCGAGCUGGAGAACAAGCUGAGGCAUAAACUGAGUAUCAUGUACUGUCAGAUCAAUGGCGCAUCGAGAGCACUGGAGGACGUGAGAGCCAGGCAGCAGGAUGUGCGGGAGGCUGCGCACAGAAAGCUGGACCAGCUUAAACAAGAACACUUGGAAAUGAAGGCUCUCGUUGAUGCCGCUGAGGCCAGCUCAACGCGAAAGAUAAAGGAAGAGGAGAAGAGGGUCACCAGCAAGUUCGACCACAUUUACCAGGUCCUCCUCAAGAAGAAGAGUGAGAUCCAGACCUUCAAGGAGGAGAUUGAACUGGCCCUGAGCAAAGGGGACGAGUUUGAAUUUCUGGAGAAAGCAGCAAAACUGCACGGAAUUGCAACGAAGCCAGUCUAUGUCCCCAAGGUGGAGCUGAAUCACGAGUUGAUAAAGGGUAUCUGUCAGGGCACCACUGACCUUAAAAAUGAGCUGAAGCAGUCCAUCACUCACCUCCAGAACAAGAAGCCUGAGGAGCCCACCGUCCCAGGGGACCCUGGAGCGCACAGCCUGCUGGCCGCACAGAAACCCACACGGCCUGGGAAGAAGCUCCAGAAAGAAGAAAAGAAACCCAAGAAACCUCCCAUUGCCCCGCCUGGCAAGAAUCUCUGUUUCGGAGCCCCAGAACAGUUAGUGGAAGUCAAGCAAACUGACCAGGAGGCUGCAGCCAAAGCCGUCACCCUUCCGCCGACCUCAGAGACUCUCAAGGCCAAGGUGCUGGAGACCUUCCUGGUCAAGUCCAGGCCCGAGCUCCUACAGUAUGCUGUUAAAGUCAUCCUGGACUACAACACCGCCCACAACAAGGUGGCUCUGUCCAAGACCUACACCGUCGCUUCUGUGGCUGACACAUCCCAGAACUACCGGCCACAUCCUCAGAGGUUCACAUACUGCCCUCAGGUGUUGGGCCUCCACUGCUACAAGAAAGGGAUCCACUACUGGGAGGUAGAGCUGCAGAAGAACAACUUCUGCGGGGUGGGCAUCUGCUACGGCAGCAUGGACCGGCAGGGCCCGGAGAGCCGGCUUGGCCGCAACAGCGCCUCCUGGUGCGUGGAGUGGUUCAACACCAAGAUCUCUUCCUGGCACAACAACGUGGAGAAGACCCUUCCCACCACCAAGGCCACGCGGGUUGGGGUGCUUCUCAACUGCGAUCAUGGCUUCGUCAUCUUCUUCGCCGUGGCCACCGACAAGGUCCACUUGUUGUAUAAGUUCAAGGAAGACUUUACUGAAGCUCUGUACCCGGCCUUCUGGGUGUUCUCCACAGGCGCCACGAUCUCCAUCUGCUCCUCCAAGUAGGCGGGGCACCGGCCCUCGGCCGACUGUCUGCGCGGUGCCCGAGGCUCCGGUGAAAACGCAGCAGGUGGGACUCUCGGGGAGCUACCCCGAGAGGCCCCAGGGUUGAAAGGACGGGAGGGGGGCUGGUGGAGGGUGAGAGGAUGGGGAGAUGGGGUAAGGGGAGGGGUUUGGCCAGGGAAGGGGGUGGGGUGGUUGUGUUGUGGGCAGGAUGACCUCCUGCCCCUGUUUUGGGAUCUCCAGGCUGCUGGGCAGCUGCGUGGGGCUUGGGGGAGUAGUCAUUAGUGCCCCUUUCCUCUUGGAGGAGAUCUCUGGCCACUGUGGGUUCCUCCUUAGCCCUCUGGUGUCUGCCUCUUUGCUCUCUGGAGUAACCUUCAAAUCUUGGUGUCUUGAUGACAGGGCUGUUCAACUCUGUAGAUUUUUGUAGCAUUCCAAAGGCAUUGAAUUUUAAUAUCACCCUCCACUACCUACAUGUGGCGGUUGGGGUAAGUGCUCAGACUUUUGGUUAGUUUCUUUCUUCUUUUUCUUUCUUUCUUCUUUCCUUUUUUUCCUUCUUUCUCUCCUCCCUCCCUCCCUUCCUUCCCUGUGCUCAAGGGAAGCUCCCCACAGCAGGUCUCCACCCAAACCAGAGUUUCCCAAGGAAGUAUGUCCUUCUCCUCACUGGAAAACAGCCCUGCUUCCCUUCCCGUCCUGCAGCCCCUCGUCACCCCAUCCAUGAUCUUAAACUGUUUAAUCCAACAGGAACCUUUUCAAUCUAAGAUUUCAAACCGUGAUCUGAAUCCACCUGUGUUGAAUGUGUGGUUCAGGGUCAAGGUGACCUAGAUCCCAUGUGGCUAGAAACCCCUCCCCCUCCCAACUAUUCUGAAAGGCAUCUCAGUGGGGACGUCUUGGCGGCAGCCACGGAGCCUUCUUCCCAUAGCCCAGGCUUUGGGGGAAGGGGCUCCACUGGGCAAGAGGGACCCUGACCUGCGUUCACAGGUGGUGGUUCGGCUCUUAUUGGAGCAUCUUGCCUUCUUACUUUUUCUCUCCUCAGUGAUAGCCUCCUCUUCCCAGGACUGUGAGGCACGGGACUGGCUGGUACAGAUACCGCUCUGGCCAGCACAGCUGAGUGAUCAGCUAAGCCUGUUGUCACGCAGACAGCGCAUGUGUGGCUACCUCAGGGACCAUAUUAGGUCACCUGCUGGCGUGACUACCUAUGGCCAAAAGGGCCUGCUAGCAGAUCCGUGGGAAAUGGCAACAUUCCUGUCCAUUCUCGGCCACGGGCUGCAGACCCAGCGCUGGUCCUUACUUGAGUCACAGGCCUGCCACUGGCCCUAGCCUCUCAGGCUCUUAUCCUUGUUUGAGCCAAUUCCAGACAUAGGGAUUGACCAGGUGAAGGGUUGGGAAGACUUAAGGACCAGGGAGGGAACAAGCUGCCAGGCUGAAGCACAAGGGGCUAUUUUUCCUGCAAUGUUCCGUGCAGUGAAAAUAACCCCAGUCCACUAAGGGAGGGGGUGAGUGGAUUGCUGGAAUUUCCUGAGCUCCUCAUAUCCUGAUAUUGUCAGGACAUAAGUUCUUAUCUCAAAAGUGGGAGAAACUUAACCUCUCGUGGUGAGGUAAGUCCUGCUCUGGGCUUUCCUAAGAGGAGAGCUGAGGCCAGGCUCCUUGUGGUAUGAAAAGGAGGGUAUCACUGGGGCAGGGGGCACCCCAGACCUUUUCAUAUGGAUGCUGGAGAAGUUAACACAUCUCUUGUACUGGACCCCCAGGGCACUCUAGUCAGGCCCAGGGCACUUGAUAGUCCUGACAGAUGUGUUGGUCUGCGUCACCUCCCGACACAUUCACCUCCUGGGGAGAGAAACCAUCUUUUUAUGGAAGACCUCCCUGCAAUAGCUGAAAUGUGGUUUUUAAAAGUUUUCUUCCUUUGCUUCUGGGAAGGAAAGUUCUUUGUCGAUUCUUCUCUGCUUUGGGAGAUGGUCAAAAGCAUCUUCAGUGAGUUCCUAAAACGAAAGCCUUGUUUGAAGCCAAUUCAUACUUGGGAAACAGCUGGAUGGAGAAGAGAAUGACAGAGAUUAAACCACGGGUCCUGCCCUGGCUCUUCUGCAGAGUUGAGGGCAGCAGAGCUGGCUCUUCCCUGGCGAGCGGCUCAGGAAGCAUGAGUGCUUCUGUUGAGGAGCAAGCAGGUACCCAAGCCGAGCCCCUCGCAGGUGCUUUGGAGAUGUGAAUUGAGGGGCAAACCCUCAUGUCUCUGACCAUGAGACUUAACGUCUCCUCCCUCGCCUUGCUGGGCCGCUGUGCGCCACUAGAAUUGGAGGAGAUUUCAUAUUCAUCUGACUCCCUGUUUUGCAGGGUCAGUCAGAGGGGAGGUAUUGGGUGACUCCGCGCUUGCCAUCCCAUCGUGAAGGAGGUGCCUCCUAGAUGCUCCCUGGUACCCGGGGGAGGGUCAGAACGCCCCAGAUACACAGACGAAAAAAUACUCCUCUCCCAACCCAGGUAUCAGGGGCUGUCUCAGUCACCCUGCCACGAUAGACCAAAGGUCAGGGUCAGAUUUUUGUUACUAUUCAAGGUUGGUUGAUUGGUUCCCCACUUUUCCUUCCUCGGAAAUGGGUCUGUGAUCUAUAACUAAUACUGAUAUGCUCUCUCUUACCUAAUUCUGCCCCACCCCGUAUUGAUUUUAAUUAACUAGGAGUAUUUGAGUUUAUAUAUUCUUGAGCUUACAUUUUUUAGAGUUGAUUCUUUAGGAGACAAUCAGAGCUGUAGACAUGGAUCUUUUGAGACCCAGGAGAAAAACUAGGGCCAAAGCUUGCUGACAAACCUUAGAAGCUUUGAAUGCAGUGCAGCUGCACUUGGUUUUAUUUCACACACGUGCAUGCAGUGUGGGUAGAAGUGUUACUUAUCUGUCAUGCUGGAGUCAGGUGCCCCCAACCAGCUGUCCUGGGGUUGAGAUUUCAGCAGAACUAUAGCCCACUGGAGACCUGCCCCGGGUGUGGCAACCCCUCCGGAAGCUUUAUAAAGAAUUCUCAGACUGAUAGGAUGUCCUACAGGGGCUUUGCUUCAGGAUAAUCUGAGGAUGGGGGACGUAAACAAACAUAGACGGAUAAUCAGGGAAACAGUGAUGGAGAUGCGAGGAUUCCUUACAUUAUUCUUUCUUCUGUUGCCUGUGUUCGAAAACGUCUAUAAUGAAAAGUUUGAGAAGAUGAAUCCAAAGCCAACCAGCCAUGGGCCCUGUUUGUGGAUUUUAUCCUUCUUUGAAGAGAGGCAAGAAUUGGAGGAGAUGUGGACUUGAGGUGAUUGUGUGAGCAUUCUGAGUGGAGGUUGUCUCUGCUUUCUGAUGGAGAGAUUCUAAGUCCUUGGCCUUGCCCUCGGUAAUAGUGUGAAGGAAAAGCCGGGCUGAGCCUAACUCGUAAAUCUAAGUUUAAUAAGUGUUGGAUUACUGAUCUGAGUUCUGCUGGGCCUAACUCAUAAAUCUAAAUUAACAAGUGUCGGUUUGCUGAUUCCCUGCUCAUGUUUUUUUUCGCUAGCCAGCUGGAUUUUCAGAGAGACUUAUCUGGCCUUGGAAUUUUGGUUUGCUGCCUCUCUGCCUCUGCUUUUGUGAUAAUGAUGCUGCUGUUCCUACUGGCUGCAUACCCCAAGCUUGUAAUUAACCCUAUAAAACCUCACGCACAGGUUUUGGAGGUGGUCAGAGCUUCGGAGCAGAAGCCCCUCAGAGCUGCCGGCGUAAUAAAUCUGAGUACUAAAUCUGAGUACUCCAACCCUCUGAGUGGUGCUAGUUGCUUGGCUGGCCUGUUGUUUCCGUAACAAUAGGAGUGUCCUUGUUAUUCAAAAGCCCCUUGGAUCCCACCUGAAUUUAUGCUAAGAGUGCCGGUAAAGAAAGGGAUGGUAAUACAAUAAGAAAGGCUAGUUGAAGGGGGAUAAUUUGGGUGAAAAUGCCUCAUGACUGAUGAGGUGACAGAGCAGGACCCUGUGGGGCCUUCCUGGGACAGGACACUGCCCCCCACCCCCACCAUCCUCUGCUGUGACUCCUCUCUGAAGUACCCACAUCAUAGCACCUCAUGAAUAUUUCCUGAGUUUUUCAGAUGCUAAAAACCAUAACCAAAGGGAAGAAAUUAACUACUUGAUGAUCAUGAGCACAUGGCCCCCAGACCUGGAGCCUAGGGGUUGGUAGUGUUGACUGACCCUGAUAGGGCAACGUCAGCCAGAGAAUUGCGCACAGCUGAUCACGCGCCCUGCGACCCCCCACUUCCCCCUUACCCGGCCUUCAAACAUGCUUUGCUGAAACCCUUUGGGGGAUUCGGAGAUUUUGGGGGCAUGAGCCACCCCGUCCUCCGUGCUCGGCCCUGCAAUAAACCUUUCUCUGCCCCAAACUCAAUGUUUCAAUUUCUUCUGCCUCACGGUGCUGCGGGCACACGAACUUGCCUUUGGUAACAAUGAUUGUCCCUGCCUUUCUUUUGUGAUGGGAUUUUCUGUGCUGAAGUUAUUUCCUCUCAGAAGUUCAGACACUAGAGUUUUUUGUUUUUUGUUUUUUUUUUAAAUGUUUCCCUGUAUGUUCCUGAAGUUUCUUGAUUGAAAACAUGGAGGUGGGAGCACAUCUCCUCCCAGAUGGGUUUUGAAAUUCCUGUUGGAACUGUGUCCAGCUUUCGGUUUCAUUGAGUUUUCUCUAUUGAUGUCCUGUUUUCAAUUUCACUGAUUUCUGCUCUAAUUUUUAUUGUAUCUUUUCUUCUGUUUACUUUGGAUUUAAUUUGCCUUCUUUUACUAGUUUCCUGACAUGGGAACUUGUAUUAUUGGUUUCAGAAUUUUCGCUUUUCUCAUAUAUGCAUUCAGUGCUAUAAAUUUCUCUGUAACUGUGAAGGAAAAGCCGGGCUGGGUUAACAAGCUAACUCACAAAUCUAAGUGUAACAAGUGUCGGAAUACUGAU